AGGUGUCGAAAGAUACGAAAUAUGACCAGCGCCUGGAAGAAAUCCACCACUAGGAUCUUCGGCAUAUAUUCUCGCCUCAAAUGCGUGACCCUUCAAUUUGAUUUUCUCUUGGGAUAGAGCCGUGGUGCGUACAUAGAAUUCAAUACCCCUUUACUUUACAUUUACAUAUAAUUCUAAAUGAAAAAUACUGUAAAUAUAGUCACAUUAUUACUGUAAUUAUUCAUAAAGAGAAUGUAAAAGAAUAAUAUACUAUUUAACCACAUUUUUUUAAUUUGUAUAAUGUGUUUAAAAUGAUUUCAUCAAAAUAUUUAAAAAUGUAUUAGUCGUACAUAGACAAAUGUAUAUGUUCCAAUUACCACACAGAACGAUUGGAACAUUUUGUGUCGUUUCACCCAUAUAAUAUGUAAUACUUCUAUAUGGACAGUUUGUAUAAGUAGAAGCUGCUCCGACUAAGGAAGACAGAAUGAUAACGCUUUUUCUAUCCUCCGAUAUUCCAGCUCGCUUUUGCGCAUUCUCAAGCCUGCGCAGCCCGAACGAAGUAUCUGGCAUUUCUUCCCGUUUAAACAGUCCAUAUAAGAAGUAUUACAUAUAUGAUGGUUCCACCUAAUGCCCGUGGUGGAAAUAUCACCACGUCCACUUCCUCCAAACAGAACAUAUCCUAUAGUAUGUUUUGUGCUCGUCCCUAAAAUAUUAGGUGACAGAGGACUUUCAACAAAAAGUGGCGACAAGUCAAACAAUAGCGUUGAAAGAACUUUACAAUUACAAUGGAACUGCAGUUAAUUUUGUCAAAAAUGCAACCAUAAAUUGUGCUGCAACCACAAACUGUAGAAAUACCUACGUUUUGUAGGCAUUUAUUUCAAUUUCGAUUUAUGUUUGUGUUUUCUUGAAACAAAUUUUUUUACAUUAUUGCUUAUGGGUUUCGUGCACAAAGUGCUUAAUACAUUAGAAGGCGACUCUUGCAAGCCUACAGAAUAUGCACUCCACCUAAAAAUUUAGCUUUCAAACACCUAUCGCUUUUUACGUUGGUUGAAUGGAAUGACGACGAGUGCAAUGCGGGCUUUAAGUGGAAUGUACCCUUUAUCACGGUCUUACUUGUAUGCAAUACCGUGCUUCCUAUAUGUGCUUUAUACACAAAGGCUUGUGUAAUAUUAUAUUAUGUUUAGUUGGCUAUGCUGACAAAAAGUGAUUCAAGCAUUUUAAUGACUUUGAUAUGUAUAGGUUCCAUAGACCUACCGAAAAAGAAGAAAAUUUAUAGGUUAUAUUUAUUUAGCAAUCGGUUGAGUUGGAACCAUUUAGUUAUAUUGUGAAUUACAAUCCAAAUUGUUGCAUAAAAAAAUAGAUUUAUUCUUCACCACAUCUAACAACUAAAUCUUUAAAAUGGAACAGAACUUUACACCCGAGGAAUUAGCUUUGCCACCAUGCAAAUAUGAAUAUCUGGAUCAUACAGCAGAUGUACAGUUACAUGCUUGGGGUUCUAGCCUGAAAGAAGCUUAUGAACAAUGUGGCAUAGCUAUGUUUGGAUACAUGACAGAGCUUCAUUCAGUAGAUAUAAAACAAUCAGCAGAUAUAGAAGCAGCAGGACAUGAUUUGGAAAGUUUGAUGUUCCACUUUUUAGAUGAACUUCUAUUUUUAUUUAGUUGUGAACCAUUUUUGAUUUGUAGUAAACUUGUUAUUACAGAGUUUUUAACUGAAGGUGAAGAAUAUAGAAUUAAAUGCAAGUGUUAUGGAGAAGAAUUUACAUUAGGCAAACAUCCACAAGGAACUGAAGUAAAAGCAAUUACCUAUUCCGCUAUGCAAAUUAUUAACGAGCCUGAUAAAAAUAAUUUUCAAGUGUUUGUUAUAAUUGAUAUUUAGUAGUUAAUAUAUUCAAUUGAAAGAUA